AUGGUAGUACGUGUGGACUUAAUUUCCCAGGUUUCCUGCUUCAACACGUCUGGGCUAGGUCUACAGCAUAUCAUCAAAGCAGGGAAGGAAGGGGUGUACUACAAGGCUAAGGUGAUACGUGGCACCUGCAAGGGCCACUUCAUUGUCACCUGCAAGAUUAUCAAAGAGGGGGCUACUCACAGGAGGGUAGCCAGAGUGGUGAGCAUCAUGAGGAAGCUAGGUAUCCACAAGAACGUGCUGCAGCUGCUAGACUGGAACAUCACACAGGCUCCUUACAUGCUGAUCCUAGAGUCGGUGAGCAGUGGGACACUGCGCAGUUUCCUUCAAGUGAAUCAAGACCAACUGAGCAGGGACAGUCAACUGCAACAUUUCUUCACCACAGCAGCAUAUCACAUUGCCCAUGCCAUGAUACACCUGUGCUCUAAAAUGGUGGUGCACUGUGACCUAGCCCUGAGGAACAUUAUGGUGAACCAUUUUCCCAGAGAGGUGAAGCUGGCAGAGUUUGGACUGGCCCAAGACCUGACUCACAAAAGGAGCCAUCGCAGCAGCUGCAAAGUGGACCACAUGCAAAGUGUGCCCCUGCGUUGGUAUCCCCCAGAGUACUUCAGAAACAACUACUACAGCUUCAAAGGGGAUGUCUGGGCAUUUGGCAUUGUGCUGUGGGAGAUGCAAACAUUUGGGACCUUACCAUAUCCUAACCUGGAGGCUCCAGAGUUGGUGGUGCGCUAUGUUUGCUCUGGACAAAGGAACUCAGUCCCAGAGACAUGUAGGCCAGAGAUACUGCAGACGAUUAGGGACUGUUGGCUGGAGAAAAACACCCAAAGGCCCUCCUUCAACGACAUAGUCAGAGACCUCGAGAACAUCCUGGAGGAUGAUAAAGAUUACGUCAAAGUGGACAACAGAGUCCCAAUGGCCAAUAUUGAAUUUGGCGACCAAGGUCAAAUCUUGCCCACUCUCCUUCACGGGGACUAAAUGUGUGUAAGUUACUUCAAGUAGCAUAACAUGUUUGGAUGUGCAUGUUUGCAAAAUCAUUGUUUUCCUUUACUUAGGAUAGUAGGCAGUGGUGUAAAGUACUUAAGUAAAAAUACCUUAAGUGCUACUUAAGUAGUUUUUUGGGGUAUCUGUACUUUACUAUUUAUAUUUUUGACAACUUUUACUUUAAUUCCAGAACAUUCCUAAAGAAAAUAAUGUAAUUUUUACUCCUUACAUUUUCCCUGUAACCUAAAAGUAUUCAUUACAUGUUUAAUGCUUAGCAAGACAGGAAAAUUGUCUAAUUCACGCACUUAUCAAGAGAACAUCCCUGGUCAUCCCUACUGCCUCUGAUCUGGCAGACUCACUAAACACAAAUACUUUGUUUUGAAAUGAUGUCUGAGUGUUGGAGUGUGCACAUGGCUAUCCGCAAAUUUUAAAAACAAGAAAAUUGUGUUGUCUGAUUUGCUUAAUAUAAGACACUUUAAAUUAUUUAUACUUUUACUUUUGAUACUUAAGUAUAUUUUAGUAACUACAUUUACCUUUGAUACUUAAGUAUUUAAAACCAAAUAGUUUUAGACUUUUACUAAAGUAGUAUUUUACUGGGUGACUUUCACAUUUACUUGAGUCAUUUUCUUUUAAGGUAUCUUUACUUUUACUCAAGUAUUAAAAAUGGGUACUUUUUCCACCCCUGGUAUGACAUACUGUAGGUCUAUUACAAUGAAACGAUAUAGAAUAAUGCAUCCUAAAAGGCCUACAGAUUCCCUCAGGUACAAAUAAUAAGAACAUUAUUCACGUGAUACAGUACCUAACUGGUGCACAGGAUUUGGUUCCAAUGCAACAUUUUCAUUGUGUGUGUUAGACAAGUUGUACAUGUCAUUAAAUAGGCUACAAUUGUUAGGGAUUUUGACUUUCUUUAAAUCAAUUUAUAUGUAGCAUAGCCCAGGACUCAGGGUUUUGUCCAGGGGUUCAUGCAAGAAUUUGGGUUAGGCCUACUAAGAUUUAUGGAUUUGAAAUAAAGGGGAGUAGCUAGUUAGCCAGCUAAAUUCUUGAAAAAAGACACCACAAACACUGCUUGACAGUCUAGAGACCCAGUCCCAUGCCUAUCUUUGGCAGCAGUGGGUAGUAACGCUCUACAAGUAACAUGUACUUAAAGCUGCAAUACGUACCUUUUUGGGGUAACCCAACAAAAAAUCACAUAGAAAUGUGAGUUAUAGAUCUGUCAUUCUAUUUGAGAGCAAGUCUAAGAAUGAUAUGUCUAAGAAGCAGUAGAUCUGUUCUUUGUGAGCUAUUUCUAUGCUCCCCAUUUUUUACUUUAGUUUUUGUGUCUUUUAUUUUUGGUUUUGUCCACCAGUUUCAAACAGUUGAAAAUACAAUAUUUUUGGUUAUUGUAAAAAUAUUUCACAGCGAUUCAGAUGGUACAAUGAUUCUC